AUGGAUGAGUCAAAUGCGACAUCAUUUGUUGAGGAGUCCACAAACGCCUCAACCAGCAGGAACACCUCCGUCGGAGACCCGCAUCGGGAGAUUCCCAUCGUGCACUGGGUAAUUAUGAGCAUCUCCCCACUGGGCUUUGUUGAAAACGGAAUUCUCCUCUGGUUCCUCUGCUUCCGGAUGAGAAGAAAUCCCUUCACAGUCUACAUCACCCACUUGUCUAUUGCGGACAUCUCUCUACUCUUCUGUAUUUUUAUCCUGUCUGUUGACUAUGCUUUAGACUAUGAGCUCUCUUCUGGCUAUUACUACACAAUUGUCACAUUAUCGGUGACAUUUCUGUUUGGCUACAACACGGGCCUCUAUCUGCUGACGGCCAUUAGUGUGGAGAGGUGCCUGUCCGUCCUGUACCCCAUCUGGUACCGAUGUCAUCGCCCCAAGCACCAGUCGGCAUUCGUCUGCGCCCUCCUGUGGGCACUUUCUUGCUUAGUGACCACCAUGGAAUAUGUCAUGUGCAUUGACAGUGAAGGUGAGAGUCACUCUCGAAGCGACUGCAGGGCGGUGAUCAUCUUCAUAGCCGUUCUGAGCUUCCUGGUCUUCACUCCACUCAUGGUGGUUUCCAGCACCAUCCUGGUAGUCAAGAUCCGAAAGAACACGUGGACAGCCCAUUCCUCAAAGCUGUUCAUGGUCAUCAUGGUCACCAUCAUCAUCUUCCUCAUUUUCGCCAUGCCCAUGAGACUCCUUUACCUGCUGUACUAUGAGUAUUGGUCAACAUUCAAGAAUUUGCACCACAUUUCUCUUCUCUUCUCCACGAUCAAUAGCAGUGCCAACCCUUUUAUUUACUUCUUUGUGGGCAGCAGUAAGAAGAAGCGAUUCAAAGAGUCCUUAAAAGUGGUUCUGACCAGGGCUUUCAAAGAUGAAAUGCAACCCAGGCGCCAAGAUGACAAUGGUAAUGCCGCCACAAUUGAGACUGUCGUCUGA